AUGGUGCUGCUCCAGGGAGACCACCCAGGCCCCAACGUGGAGCUCCAAUUUUGGACCACUCAGAGGGAAAACCUGCUGGGCAUCCAGUCACAAAUCCAGAGCUCCAAAGUGGAACAGAUUAUGGAGAUCCUCAGAAGAGUCAAGAGCAGUUACUACUCCGCCUUCAAGGAUGUCUGUGUGAAAGUCAAUGACGCCGUGCUGGAAGCAGAGGACAUAGAUCUGCAUCUACGGCCUCUGCGGAGACAAAUCAGCAACUUAGAAGAGAGGAGUUUCCCACAGGUGGAUACUCUGUUGCCUCCACUUUAUCACACUCUCUGCCUUAUCUGGAGUCACUCCCAGUACUACUGCACUCCACAGCGCAUGGUGGUCCUCCUGCAGGAGUUUUGCAACCUGAUCGUUGAAAAGGCCUUUGCCUACCUCAUCCCUGAAGAGCUGUUUAAGAUGGAGCUUGAGGAGGGGAUGGAGCGAGUACAGAUAAGCAUCUCAGUGCUUCGCGCCUUUAAGCAAUUGUUUCACACUCACCGCAAGAAAAUCCCUCAGUACUACAGACACAGUCAGAACAUAAAGCUAUGGGACUUUCCUGCAACACUUGUGUUCAAGCGCUCAGAUUGCAUCGUGGAAAGGCUUCUAAUGAUCGAGGAACUCUUUGCAACAGCAUUGGACUUUCUGAAGCUGGAGAAGAUUGAACUGGGUGGUUCCAGAGGGAAAAUCCUCAGCGAGAUGGUCUUUAGCAUGAGCGAGGAGUUUCAUGACUGUUGGCGAACCCUCAGAGAGAGCAAAUAUGACCCCUUGGACUACACUAACAAUGAUUUUGUGUGUCACUACAGCCGCUUUAUGGAGCAGAAUAGAGAUUUUGACCAAAGGCUGGGAACCGUCCUCAAUUUGGCAUUUCAGCACUCCAAAAAUCUGAAGUCAACCUUUAAGUUGUUAAAAAUGUUUGGCACCCUGCUUGAGAGACCCAGAAUCCACCAGCUGUUUUCUCCUAACUACAGCGAGUUGUUGGCCGUGUUCAACCAUGAAAUCGACCACUGUCAGUUUAUACUUGAUCAACACAGAGACGGGUUACAGUCAGGUUGUGCAGUCCUGGGAAAAAAUAUGCCUUCUGUGGCUGGUAACCUCAAAUGGUCACAGGAGCUUCGAAGUCGCAUCCUCACCAACAGGAGCAGCCUCUGCCAGCUGGCCCACAUGCCUCUGGGAUGCGCUGAGGCAGAUGAUGCGCUCCAGAAGUGUGAACGUGUUCUUGAGGUUUUGGAUCAGCAGGAUGAAGAGCUGUUCUCAGAGUGGACUGAGGGGCUGGAGGAGAUCUGUGAAACACACCUCAAGGACCCACUAUUGACACUAGACGCUGAGACAGGCCUGUUCCAGGUCAACUUCAGUCCAGCUUUGACAUCAGUUCUACGGGAAGUUCAAUACCUGGGCAUGCUGAAGAAUGAAAAUGUUCCUAAAGCAGCUCUGCACCUCUUUUCAAAAAGGGAGAAACUAUACAUGUACACACAGACACUCACCUUGGUGACCCAGUGGCACAACCAGCUCCACGGUACCAUCCUGGCUGUAGAACUGGGACUGGUGAGAGAUGAGAUGGAUGGGAUGAAACGAAAGCUGGAUCCGGCCCUCCAGGAGCUGACCUGGGCUCACGAUGACCUGCGGGAGUACAUUCAGAGUACACGAGACCUGGUCAAGAGUAUUUCUACUCGUGUCUGGAAGAGCAAAGCUAAUGUGGAGGCCAUCCAGGGUCUUAUGGGUAAAUUCAGCAACCGUGCUUUCAUCACCAGAAAGAGCCGGGAUUCUACUCUCCUCAUCUUCUCUGACAUUGAAGAGAGUGUUUCUAAACAGCAUGCUCUCAUCACCAGUACAGGGGAGCAAAUACACAAACUACUGCAGGAGAACCAAUCUCUGCUCGGUGUGGCAGAUCUAAACAGCAGCGAGUGGCAGGCCUACACAGAGUAUGUGGACCGCAUGAUCCUGUCAGGCUUCUCCAGUGCAGUCCGCUGCUCGCUGCAGUAUUUCAUGGACAACACAGAUGCUGCUCAGCGCAUUACACCACUGUUUGAGGUUCAGCUGGUUCUCAACAGCAAUGAGAUGACCUUUGAGCCUUCAUUAGACCUGAGCCACAGUGGUAAUUUCUACGAUAUUGUGGAUAAGAUGGUGGCCAACAUCACAAGCACGGCGUCCUUCAUUCCCAGAGUGGCAAUCCACAAACAGCUGGAGAACUAUCAGUGUGACAUAAAUGAAAUGGAGGAUUUGUCAGAGAUGUGCCACAUAAUCCGCUCACGGGCACGCGCAGCUGUCGCUAAGGUCAGAGAAUACCAGGCAUCAUUUUCCAGCUAUCGAUACCUCUGGACUGAUGACAGGUCUGAAUUUAUGAGACAGUUUCUGCUUUAUGGCCACGUGUUGAGUACAGAGGAAGCUGAGCUGUAUGCUGACUACGAGCUAAAAAAGAACCCACCCACCUUGGACAACUUUAAAGAACAAAUCAAUCUGUUUGAGUCUCUGUAUGUUCGAGUGAGCAAAAUGGAAGACAGGAGGGUGUUUUGUGGUUGGCUGCAGCUGGACAUCAGACCCUUCAAGCACACACUGAUGAAUGUCAUCAAGAGGUGGAGCUGGAUGUUCAAAGAGCACCUUCUCAACCAUGUAAACCAGAGUGUGAGGGAGUUAUCCAGUUUUGUCCAGGACACGGCCAGCGGUCUUUCUGCGAAGGUGUCAGAUGGUGACUAUGCAGGUCUUGUGAACAUCAUGGGACACCUCAUGGCCAUACGAGACAGACAGAUCAGCAACGAACAGCACUUCAAACCACUCAAGUCUACUGCCGAACUCCUGAAGACAUACGGACAGCAACUUCCAGAGAGCGUCUACACACAGCUUGAAGAGCUGCCUGAAAAAUGGAAAAGUCUCCGGAAAAUUGCCUUCACAGUCAAACAUGAAGUGGCACCGCUACAGUCAAAUGAAGUUUCAGUUAUACGCAGGAAAUGUGUCAGGUUUGAGGUCAAGCAGUAUGAGUUCAGAGAACAGUUUCGCACCGAAUCAAUCUUUAAGAUAAACUUGGAAGAGCCAUAUAAACUAAUUGAUAAGUCUAAUCGAGCCGUUGCAGUGAUGGAGAUGGAAAUGAAGAAGUUGCAGGACACAGCUGAUCUGUUUGAGGUCAGCUUUCCAGACUAUAAGCAGCUGCGGCAGUGUCGAUCUGAUAUUAUACUUGUCAAAGCAGUCUGGGACAUGGUCAUCUUUGUGCAGACCAGUAUACAGGACUGGACCAAGACUCCAUGGAAAGAGAUCAAUGUCGAGCAGAUGGACAUGGAGCUCCGGCGGUUUGCUAAAGAGAUGAAGAUGCUGGAUAAGGAGGUACGGGUGUGGGACGUCUACAUGGGUCUUGAAUCAACUGUGAAAAACCUGCUGACCUCUCUGAGAGCUGUCAACGAGCUGCAAAACUCUGCUGUCAGGGAGAGACACUGGCAACAGCUUAUGAACACCACAGGGGUCAGGUUUGUGAUGGGGGAGGGCACCACCCUGGGGGACCUGUUGGAAUUACAGCUUCAUCGUGUGGAGGAUGAGGUUAAAAACAUAGUGGACAAGGCUGUGAAAGAAAUGGCCAUUGAGAAGAUUUUGGCCGAGAUAACUCAGACAUGGAGCAUUAUGUCGCUGUCUUAUGAGACUCAUACCAGCACAGGAACCCCUCUACUCAAAGCAGAUGAGAAUCUGAUCGAGACACUGGAAGACAACCAGGUGCAGCUGCAGAACAUCCUGAUGAGUAAAUAUGUGGAGUAUUUUCAGGCAGAAGUAAGUGGAUGGCAGAGGAAGCUGAUGGUGGCGGACUUGGUCAUCUCCUCAUGGAUGUCUGUCCAAAGAACAUGGGCUCAUCUUAACAGCAUCUUCACUAACAGCCAUGACAUCCGCUGCCAGCUGGCCAAUGAUGCUGAGCGAUUUCAGGGAAUACACACCGACUUUCAGAGUUUGAUGACUGAGGUGGUGCAGAACAGCAAUGUGGUAGAUGUAACCAACCAGCCUGGCUUCCUGGACAGCCUAGAAACUUUACAGCAGAGGCUGUCUGUGUGCGAGAAGGCGUUGGCUGAGUAUCUGGAGACCAAGAGACUCACGUUCCCCAGAUUUUAUUUUGUUUCUGCCUCAGAUCUGCUGGAGAUUGUCUCCAAGGGAACACAACCCAAACAGGUGACCAGACAUUUACUGAAGCUGUUUGACAACAUAGCGGAUCUUCGCUUCAAGGACUCAGACAGAGGUGGAGAAGGGGGAGAGGAGGAGGGGGUGGCGGUUGCUAUAGGCAUGUACAGUCGAGAGGGGGAAUAUGUUUCAUUCUCAGAGCCGUGUGCCUGCGAAGGACAGGCAGAAUGUUGGUUAAGUGCCUUAGAGAGUACCAUGCGCUGCACAGUUCAAAAAGAGAUACAGGAAGCUGUCGCUGCCUAUGAGGACAAGCCACGAGACCAGUGGCUCUUUGACUACCCUGCACAGGUGGGGCUGACCGGUAGUCAGGUGUGGUGGGCCACAGAUGUGGGCAUUGCCUUUGAGAGAGUGGAGGAAGGAUUUGAAACAGCUCUCAAAGACUACAACAGAAAACAGAUCACACAGCUCAACUCGCUGAUCCACAUGCUGCUCGGAGAGUUAACUCCUGGGGACAGACAGAAAAUCAUGACCAUCUGCACUAUUGACGUCCAUGCUCGAGAUGUGGUGGCCAGUCUCAUUACUCAGAAGGUGACAACAGGACAGGCGUUUGCAUGGCUGUCCCAGUUACGCCAUCGCUGGGAUGAAGACACCAAACACUGUUACGUUAACAUCUGUGAUGCCCAGUUCCAGUUCAGCUAUGAAUACCUGGGAAACACUAACAGACUGGUCAUCACCCCACUCACUGACAGGUGUUACAUAACCCUCACCCAGUCCCUUCAUCUUACCAUGAGCGGUGCACCAUCAGGCCCAGCUGGCACCGGCAAGACAGAGACAACCAAGGACCUUGGACGCUCUCUGGGCAUCAUGGUGUAUGUGUUCAACUGCUCAGAACAGAUGGACUACAAGUCUAUAGGCAACAUCUAUAAGGGUCUGGCUCAGACAGGAGUCUGGGGCUGCUUUGAUGAAUUCAACAGGAUCUCUGUGGACGUUCUGUCUGUGGUAGCUGUGCAGGUCAAGACUAUACAGGAUGCUGUGCGCAACAAAAAACAGAGGUUUCACUUCCUGGGAGAGGAGAUUGAACUGAAGUCAACAGUGGGAAUCUUCAUCACUCUGAACCCAGGUUAUGCUGGCAGAGCUGAGCUCCCGGAAAACCUCAAGGCUCUUUUCAGACCCUGUGCUAUGGUGAUCCCAGACUUUGAGUUGAUCUGUGAGAUUAUGCUGGUGGCUGAAGGAUUCAUAGAUGCUCGUCUGCUGGCACGCAAAUUCAUCAGCCUCUACACUCUGUGUAAAGAGCUGCUGUCCAAACAAGAUCAUUAUGAUUGGGGUUUACGUGCUAUUAAAUCAGUCCUGGUUGUGGCUGGAUCUCUGAAGAGAGAGGAACGUAGUAGACCAGAGGAACAGGUGCUGAUGCGGGCCCUGAGGGAUUUCAACCUGCCUAAGAUAGUGACCAGUGACGUGCCCAUAUUCCUUGGGCUGAUCAGUGACCUGUUUCCUCAGCUGGACGUACCCAGGAAGAGAGACCCUAAGCUAGAAAACUCUGUUCGCCAGUCAGUCAGUGAGCUGCGUCUGCAGCCCGAGGAAAAUUUCAUCCUUAAGGUGACCCAGUUGGAGGAGCUGCUGGCUGUCAGACAUUCUGUGUUUGUAGUAGGUGGACCGGGAACUGGAAAGAGCCAGAUCUUGAAGACGCUCCAUAGGACCUAUGCAAACAUGAAGAUGAAGCCGGUAUGGAAUGAUAUUAAUCCUAAAGCUGUUACCACAGAUGAGUUGUUUGGAUACCUGCACCCUGCAACCAGAGAGUGGAAAGACGGUCUGUUCUCGUCUACUAUGAGAGAACUAACCUCAGUGGGCCACGAUGGACCCAAAUGGAUUGUUCUGGAUGGGGAUAUUGACCCUAUGUGGAUCGAGUCACUCAACACAGUUAUGGAUGACAAUAAGGUUCUAACUCUUGCCAGUAACGAGAGGAUCAGUUUGUCCUCCAGCAUGCGUCUACUCUUUGAGAUCUCUCAUCUGAAGGCUGCUACUCCAGCUACAGUUUCCAGGGCGGGAAUACUGUAUGUCAACCCACAGGACCUCGGCUGGAGCUCUUAUGUGACAAGCUGGAUAGACACCCGACAGGCCCAAUCAGAGCGAGCCAACCUCACCAUUUUGUUUGAUAAGUACGUGCCCUACUGCCUGGAACAAGUCCGCUGCAACCUGAAAACCAUCACUCCCAUUCCAGAAACCAGCAUGGUGCAGACUCUGUGCUGCUUGUUGGAUUGCCUGUUGACGGAGGAAAACACUCCAGCUGACUCUCCCAGAGAACUUUAUGAGAUCUACUUCGUCUUCGCUUGCGUCUGGGCUUUUGGAGGGGCUCUAUUUCAGGAUCAUCUGAAUGACCACCGAGCCGAAUUUAGCCGCUGGUGGUCUAAAGAGAUGAGAGCCGUGAAGUUUCCUUCCCAGGGCACCGUCUUUGACUAUUUUAUUGACUCUGAGACUAAAAAGUUUGUACCCUGGAGUGAGAAGAUGGUGCCUUUUGAGCUGGAGUCUGAUGUACCGUUACAGACGGUGCUGGUCCACACCCCAGAAACAAUCUGUCUGACCUUCUUUAUGGAUCUGCUGCUCCAGAGAGGCAAACCUAUCAUGUUAGUGGGCAACGCAGGAGUGGGCAAAACCAUCCUGGUGUCUGAUAAAGUCGCCAAGCUGAAGGAGGACUAUAUGGUGACCAAAGUCCCCUUCAACUACUACACCACAUCAGCCAUGCUGCAGCGUGUCCUGGAGAAACCUCUAGAGAAGAAAGCUGGUCGUAAAUUUGCUCCUCCUACCGCCAAGAGACUCAUCUACUUCAUAGACGACCUCAACAUGCCUGAGGUGGAUGGUUAUGGGACUGUGCAGCCACACACACUCAUACGCCAGCACCUUGACUACAACCACUGGUACGACAGACAACGGUUGGUAUUGAAGGAAAUCCAUAACUGCCAGUAUAUUACAUGUAUGAACCCAACAGCUGGAAGCUUCUCAAUCAACCCCAGACUGCAGAGACAUUUCUCAGUGUUUGCAGUACAUUUCCCCAGUGCUGAUGCAUUAGCUACCAUCUUCUCCAGCAUCUUGUCAGCUCAUUUCCUUCAGGGAGGAUUCAGCUACGGAGUGUCUCGCUCAGUUGGAACUCUCAUACAGGCAGCUAUCUGUCUGCACCAGAAAAUCAGUCAGAACUUCCUGCCUACAGCCAUACGCUUCCACUACAUCUUUAACCUGCGAGAUCUCUCCAACAUAUUCCAGGGCAUCCUGUUUGCCCUGCCAGAGAGUAUCCGUUACCCCAUUGACCUGGUUCAUCUGUGGCUCCAUGAGAGCUCCAGGGUUUACUCUGACAAACUGAUGGAGGAAAAGGAUGUGGAACUCUUCAAUAAAAUCCUGCUGGACACUGCCAAGAGAUAUUUUGAGGGAAUAGAUGAGUCCGUUUUUAUCCACCAGCCUUUGGUGUACUGUCACUUUGCCCAGGGAGUGGGAGAGCCUCGCUAUCACCAGGCUUCAGACUGGGAAAAACUCCAGAAGACACUGGCUGAUGCUCUGGAACAUUAUAAUGAGCUGCACGCUGUCAUGGAUCUGGUGCUGUUUGAAGAAGCGAUCCAGCAUGUAUGUCGCAUCAGUCGUAUCCUGGAGGCCCCCUAUGGUAACGCCCUGCUGGUGGGGGUGGGUGGCAGCGGGAAGCAGAGUUUGUGUCGACUGGCUGCCUUCCUCAGCACGCUGGAAGUUUUCCAGAUCACGCUGCGUAAAGGAUAUGGCAUCAAUGACCUCAAGAGUGACAUCGCAGCAUUGUACAUAAAGGUGGGAGUGAAGAACAUCGGCACAGUGUUCCUUCAUACAGAUGCUCAGAUUCCAGAUGAACGCUUCCUGGUGCUCAUCAACGAUAUGCUGGCCUCAGGGGAUAUUCCAGACCUGUUUAGCGACGAAGAAGUGGAUAUGAUUGUGACAUCGAUCCGCAUGGAGCUGAGGGGAUUAGGACUCAUAGAUAGCAGAGACAACUGUUGGAGCUUUUUCAUCGAAAGAAUACGAAGACAGCUCAAGGUGGUCUUGUGUUUCUCUCCAGUCGGAUUCACGUUGCGCACACGUGCACGGAAGUUUCCGGCUCUGGUAAAUUGCACUGCCAUUGAUUGGUUUCACCCUUGGCCUCAGCUUGCUCUGCACUCUGUCAGCUCUACGUUCAUAGAGAAGAUACCUGGACUGGAGCCAAAAGUGAGGGCCUCCAUCAGUGAGUUCAUCUCCUACGCCCACACAUGUGUCAACGAGGUGAGUGUCAAGUACCAGCAGAAUGAAAAGCACUUCAACUACACCACUCCAAAGAGCUUCCUCGAAUUCAUGAAGCUGUAUGACAACCUACUGGGAAAAAAACGCACAGAGCUGACCCAGAAGAUGGAACGAUUAGAGAACGGACUGCAGAAACUGCAGACGACUGCCUCGCAGGUGGAGGAUCUCAAAGCCAAGUUAGCAGUGCAGGAGGUGGAGUUGUGGCAGAGGAACACAGACAUUGAGGCUCUCAUCGCUAAGAUAGGACAACAGACAGAUAAGCUGAACCAAGAGAGAGCUGUUGCUGAUGCUGAAGAGCAGAGGGUGGCAGCAAUUCAGGCUGAAGUGACCAAACAGCAGCAGGAGACCGAGGAGGACUUGGCCAAGGCUGAACCUGCCCUACAGGCAGCAAACACAGCCCUCAAUACACUCAACAGGCUGAACCUGACAGAGCUGAGGACGUUUCCCAACCCUCCAGCUAUUGUCACCAACGUCUCAGCAGCUGUUCUGGUGCUACUGGCUCCCCAAGGCCGAAUCCCCAAAGAUCGCAGCUGGAAAGCUUCCAAGAUGGUCAUGAGCAAGGUGGAUGACUUCCUGCAGGCCCUGGUGAACUUUGACAAAGAGCACAUCCCCGAGGCCACAGUGAGGUGCGUGAGAGACGAGUACCUCAGCGACCCGGAGUUCAACCCCGAUUUUGUGCGACAGAAAUCCUCGGCCGCCGCGGGGCUUUGUUCCUGGGUGAUCAACAUCGUACGAUUCCAUGAGAUUUUUGUUUUCUGCGAGGUGGAGAUGAAGAGGAUGUGUCUGUCUCAGGCUAACGCUGAUUUGGCCGAAGCUGCUGAGAAGCUCGAGGUCAUCAGGAAGAAACUUGCUGAACUGGAUAGUAGUCUGGAAACCCUGACAACAGCAUUUGAAAAAGCCACGUCAGAGAAACUUAGCUUUCAGGAAGAGGUCAACCGCACCAACAAGACAAUAGAACUAGCCAAUCGGCUGGUCAAAGGACUAGAGAGUGAGAAUGUGCGCUGGGCCCACUCUGUGGCUCAGUAUCACGAACAGGAGGAAACUCUCUGCGGGGAUGUCCUCCUCACUGCAGCUUUCAUCUCUUAUGCUGGUUCUUUCUCCAAGAAGUACAGGGGAGAGCUGCUGGACAACUUGUGGAUGCCGUUCCUGCGCACCCAGAAGAUGCCCAUUCCCAUGACAGGAGGCUUGGAUCCAGUGUCGAUGUUGACUGACGACGCGAUGGUGGCUCAGUGGAACAACGAAGGCUUACCAGGAGACAAAAUGUCCACUCAGAAUGCGACCAUCCUCACUAACUGUGAGCGCUGGCCUCUCCUCAUCGACCCUCAGCUGCAGGGCAUCAAGUGGAUCAAAAGUCGCUAUGGUAACAGCCUCAAGGUUGUCAGUCUAGGCCAGAGAGGAUAUGUAGACGUCAUUGAGCAGGCUGUAGUAGCAGGAGACACUGUCCUCAUUGAGAACCUUGAGGAGACCAUUGACCCUGUUAUUGACCCACUGCUGGGGCGAUACACAAUCAAGAAGGGCAGCUGUAUAAAGGUCGGGGACAAAGAGUGCUUCUUCCACCCAGGCUUUAGACUGAUUCUCCACACAAAGCUGGCGAAUCCUCACUACAAGCCAGAGAUUCAAGCACAAACCACCCUCAUCAAUUUUACAGUGACCAGGGACGGAUUGGAGGACCAGCUUCUAGCCCAGGUGGUAAAUCAGGAGAGACCAGACCUCGAGCACCUUAAGAGCGAACUGACAAAACAGCAGAACAUGUUUAAGAUUGAGCUGAAGCUUCUCGAGGACGAGCUGCUAACCAGGCUGUCCGCUGCAGAGAGUAACUUCCUCGGUGACAACGUGCUGGUGGAGAAGCUUGAAACAACGAAGCACACUGCUGCCGAGAUUGAAAUGAAGGUUCUGGAAGCUAAAGUUAAUGAAGUGAAGAUAAACGAAGCUAGAGAACACUAUCGCCCGGUCGCCGUCAGAGCUUCUCUGCUCUACUUCAUCAUGAAUGAUCUCAACAAGAUCAACCCCAUGUACCAGUUCAGCCUGAAGGCCUUUAACGUUGUUUUCCACAAAGCGGUGGAGAUGGCGGAGGCCAGCGAGGAUGUACAGAGCCGAGUGAACACGCUCAUAGACUGCGUCACGUACUCCACCUUCAACUACAUCAGCAGGGGACUGUUUGAGAGAGACAAGCUCACCUUUACUGCACAGCUGGCCUUCCAGUUGCUGCUGAUGAGCAAGGAGAUAGAUGUGAGAGAGCUCGACUUCCUGCUACGUUUCAACAUUGACCACAGCUAUAACAGCCCCCUUGACUUUCUCUCCAACCCAGCGUGGAGCGCCAUCAAGGUGAUGAGUUUUACUGAUGAGUUUCGUGGUCUGGACCGGGACAUCGAAGGUUCACCCAAGCGUUGGAAGAAGCUGGUGGAGUCGGGGUGUCCGGAAAAGGAAAAGUUUCCUCAGGAGUGGAAGGGAAAAAGUUCGCUGCAGAAACUGAUCAUGAUGAGAGCAUUGAGACCCGACCGAAUGACCUAUGCUCUUAGGAACUUUGUGGAAGAGAAGCUCGGGGUGAAGUAUACAGAAGGCCGAAAAACUGACUUUGCAAAGUCCUUCAGAGAAAGCGGUCCAGCCUCUCCUGUGUUUUUCAUUCUCUCUCCCGGAGUGGACCCACUUAAAGAUGUGGAAUCGCUGGGAAGGAAGCUGGGUUUUACUAUUGACCUUGGGAAGCUUCACAACGUCUCCUUGGGUCAGGGACAGGAAACUGUGGCUGAAAUUGCCAUGGAAAAGGCUGCCAAGGAGGGUCACUGGGUCAUACUGCAGAACAUCCAUCUGGUUGCUCGCUGGCUGGGUGCGCUUGAGAAGCUCCUGGAGCGCUGCUGUGAAGACAGUCAUCCGGACUACAGAGUGUUUAUGAGCGCAGAACCAACGUCUACACCCCAGGAACACAUUAUCCCACAGGGCAUUCUGGAAAAUGCUAUCAAGAUCACCAAUGAACCUCCUACAGGCAUGCAUGCCAAUUUCCAUGCUGCUCUGGAUAACUUUGACCAGGACAUCCUGGACCAGUGCAGCCGUGAGCAGGAGUUUAAAACCAUCCUCUUCUCUCUGUGCUACUUUCAUGCCUGUGUGGCAGAAAGGAGGAAGUUUGGACCACAGGGUUGGAACAGGAAGUAUCCAUUCAACACCGGAGACCUGACUAUAUCGGUUAAUGUCCUCUACAACUACCUGGAAGCUAAUGCACAGGUGCCAUGGGAGGACCUGAGGUAUCUGUUUGGGGAGAUCAUGUAUGGAGGACACAUCACUGACGACUGGGACAGACGGCUCUGCAGGACGUACCUGGAGGAAUACAUGCAGCCCAACCAGUUUGACCGGAAGCUUUCAUUGGCACCUGGGUUUGUCGUUCCCUCCAACUUGGACUACAAGGGCUACCAUGAUUUCAUCGAUGAGAUGCUGCCCCAUGAGAGCCCGGUGCAUUACGGGUUACACCCCAACGCCGAAAUUGAGUUCUUGACAGUGACGUCAGAUAACCUCUUUCACACUCUGCUGGAGCUGCAGUCUCCUGAUGCCGUGAUGGGGGAGGGAGCGUCUCAGACGCUGGAGGAGAAGGUAAAAACUAUUUUAGAUGAAGUGCUGGAAAAGCUGCCAGAGGAGUACAAUAUGUCCGACAUCACCUCCAAGACGGCUGAACGAUCCCCAUACAUCCUGGUCUGCUUCCAGGAAUGUGAGCGCAUGAACACACUCAUUUCCGAGAUACGCCGCUCGCUGAAGGAGCUUGACCUUGGACUCAAGGGUGAACUGGCCAUGUCCUCUGAGAUGGAGAAGCUGCAGACGGCCUUGUUCUUUGAUAACGUCCCCGACACCUGGACCAAGCUGGCCUACCCCUCUACCUACAGCCUCUCUGUCUGGUACAAUGAUGUGAUGCAGCGUUGUAAAGAGUUGGACAGCUGGACUCAGGACCUUUCUCUGCCCAGUGUUGUCUGGAUUUCCGGAUUGUUUAAUCCACAGUCCUUCCUCACUGCUGUAAUGCAGUCUCUGGCGCGUAAGAACGAGUGGCCUCUGGACAAAGUGAAUCUGACAGUGGACGUGACCAAGAAGUUUAAGGAGGAGUUCAACCAGCCGGCCAGGGAGGGCGCAUAUGUGUAUGGACUUUACAUGGAAGGUGCGAGAUGGGACACUCAGACUGGGGUGAUCACCGAGGCCCGGCUCAAAGAGUUGACCCCAGCCAUGCCCGUCAUCUCUGUAAGAGCCGUCCCCAACGACCGCCAGGAGACCAGGAAUAUCUACGAGUGUCCGCUCUACAAGACCAAGAUCAGAGGACCCACAUAUGUUUGGACUUUUAGCCUUAAAACCAGGGAGCGGCCUGCCAAAUGGGUGUUGGCUGGAGUGGCUCUGCUGCUCAGUGUGUGAGGGGGAGUUUAGAGGUCAUGAGUUGAGAGGGAUUUUAUAUCUGGCAAGUAUGUUGGUACCAGGUGUUUAAAAAGAUUGGUCCCCCACUGUGUUGACGUCCUUUUUGGACUUACGAGUUAUUCAAGUUGUUCAUUAUGUAAUAUUUUACAUACAGGUCAACAUGUACAAGUACUGGAGGACGGAGGCUAAUCCUAGCAGAGCAAAAUCAAUGAUGGAAUGAAAUCGGAUUUCUUUUUUUAUUGAAAAAUGAUAAAAUAUACAGAAAGAAAUGCCAAAAAUUCACACACUAGAUCACAGUUAGAACUGAUAAAGUCAAAGCAUGUUUUCAACAAAUCAAAUCUACAAACUACAAGAUGCUCUGUAAGCAGGGGAAAAAAACAAUAGACAGUGCUGCCUCAUUAGAGCGACAUUCAAGUGUGUUAUUCUGUAACACUUGUACCUCUUACAGUAUGUUAUGCAGCAGUUUUAAUAGCACAUUAAAUUACACAGGUGAAGUCAUUCUGACAACAUGACAAGACAACUUCUAAUUGUCUUUUUUUUUGCUCCUUCUUGCUUCACAGUACACAUGGGUGUAGUAAUCAUCCAUUUAAUUAAAAAAAAAAA